UUUCUCAAGUAACGAAACCGAAAGUCGGAAGCUAUUAGAUCGGGUGGCAAAGAAAAGAAUGGAGAAAGAAGUUUCGUUUUGUGGCUGGAAAGCGAUGAAAGACCGAAGUAAGUCUCUGGCGGAGAACCAGGAGCCGAAGUCAGGCCGUUCAUACACAAUGUUUCACGGCACAUUAUUAAAAACAGCUAAAACCAUCAUUAAUUCAGGAUUCGUACCCUCUAAAGAUGGACUGCUGGGCGCCGGAGUUUAUGUCAGUCGUAACAUUGAUAAAGCAAAGUGCUACCCGCCUCACACCGACAAGAACGACAAAGUUGUUUUCAAACUAAAGGUGCGUGUGGGGAAAGUGAAGAAAAUUGACUGUGACAAUCAUCCUCUACAGAAAUCUUGGCACAGCAACGGGUACGACUGCGCGUGGGUUCCCCCGAACAGCAACAUCUCCACCAUCAAGUCUGGCCGCGAGGAGGACUGUGUGUGGGACCCCAAGCGCAUCCAGCUGAUUGACGUGGCGUGCUGUGUGGACCACGAAAAGCGCAAGGAGCUUCGACGGCUGAUUCGCAGUAAACUGAAACCCGAAGGUUGUGAACUUUGCCAUCGUAGCACCUCUGAUGGAGAUCAUGAUAUUCAGUCGUGUUGGGAGUGCAACAAACAAAUCUGUCCUUUUCAGGAAAAACACGUCUGCAAAACCAAGGAGUUCAGAGAAACAGUUUAAAUUGGCACUUUCAGAAUUGAAGGAUAAACCUGUGAACAAAUACACUAGUUCUUUAUCUUUUUUUUGUAACUAAUAAAUAGUUCUCCUAUAUAUUCUGUUUAUAGUUUUAUUAUACUGCAUUGUGGUGUAUGGAAUAUAUUUGAGAUGUUCUUCUUGUGUGUCAUAUUUAAGCAUUAAAAAAGUUGUAACAUGCAAAAACA